AUAUUAAAUUUCUGUUAAAUCUAUAUUGAAAUAGUAAUUUAUUUGACAUUGCCAGUAGAUGGCAGUGAAGGACUAAAACAUUGACGCGACGCGCUGGAGCUCAGCAGAGAAGAGCGCGCGAGUAUGGCAGGGUCACACUCAAACUGGAGGCCACCACGUUCAUGUGACGUCUACUGGUGUGAAUUCAAGCACUGCAAGAGUUUAUUCAACAGAUUCCAUGAAUACUACACCUACGGCAGAGCGCCGGACUGCCAGCAGUGGAAAGAAGACUACUACACCUGCAAAGAGUGGGAGAAAACCCACAGCACACACGCCAAGGAAUCCCUCCAGGAGAGCGAGAGGAAGCGGGUCGCUGAGCAGAGGAAGUUCACUCCGGUCUGGGAGCUCCGACAGACGCCUCCGGCUGAUUGGCACGUGCCGCUAAACCAGGGCGGACCACACGACUCAUAAAUACUAUGUAUUUAUGACACAAGAGAGUGCUUGAGUUGCAUGAACGUCUGCUGGGAAUCUCCUCACACUACCUCUCCUGGACUGAUGCACUUCUCUUCUGUUCUAGAUCUGGUUUUCCUCGAAAAUCGGAAAUCUUGAUCAACCUGAAUAUGGAAUUAAUAAAGCGAACACUGAAGCAUUUGACGACCCUAGUGAAAAACAAAUAUACUAAAAUGCAUUUGAGAUGCUUUUAUUUCAUGCUUAGUAUACUACAAAUACAUUAAGAUAUUUAUGUGCUUAAUAAAAUACAGUGCAAUUGUACUUUUAGUGCACUUAAAGUCUGCUAAACUAGAACGCACUUUAAUUGUAGUGCUGAAGUCCAACUAAAGAUAUACUGAAGUAUAUUUGAUUGUUUUAAAGUGGAAGCAUGCUUUAAAUAUCAUACCGAUAUUAUUCAAAGAGCAUGCAAUCAUCAGUAGACACACACGUUAACACAAAUUUUUGGGUUUUUAUAUUAAGAAACGUACUUCAAAUAAAGCUGAAUUAUGAUUUUUUAAGUCUCAAGCGCUAAAUAUGUUAAUAGAUUUUAACUAUACUAAGUGUGAAAUAAAAGCAUUUCAGAUAUAUUACUUUUUUAUUAGGGGAGAAAGUCGGUCUAGCACAGAACAGUAAUAUUAUUCUGCUUAUUUUCCAUUUAAAAUAUCGCGAAGCCACAUCUGGUGUUAAUCAAAAGGUAUUUCUGUAUCUCUGUACACGUGUUAAUGAAUGAAAACAUGCAAUGAUAAAAGUUUUAACAAGA